AAUAGGUCCAUCCGUGACAUUUCCUUGCUACUAAAUAUUCCACGAUCAACUAUUAGUGGUAUUAUACCAUAAAGUGGAAGCAACUGGGAACAACAGCAACUCAGUCACAAAGUAGCAAGCCACGUAAAAUGACAGAGCUAGGUCAGCGCAUGCUGAAGCGCACAGUGUGCAGCAGUCACCAGCUGUCUGCAGAGUCAAUAGCUAAAGACCUCCAAACUUCAUGUGUGGCCUUCAGAAGAGCUUCAUGGAAUGGGUUUCCAUGGUUGAGCAGCUGCAUCCAAGCCUUACAUCACCAAGUGCAAUGCAAAGGGUCAGAUGCAGUGGUGUAAAGCAUGCCACCACUGGACUCUAG